ACACCCGCGUGGCUGACGGAGAUGAUAGAGCACCAGACGUGGCGCUCAUUGAUCUAUAAGUUGGCCGAAGACUAUCCCGACUGUCUUAUGCUUACGUUCACCGUUAAGCUCAUAUCGGACGCCGGCUUUCAGGGCGAGAUCACCAGUAUAUCGACGGCGAGUCAACAGCUGGAAGUGUUCUCACGUAUACUCAAGACAUCGAUCAAUAACUUCUUGGAGAGGGGAGAGGAGACACUGGACACCAGUACCUCUGAAUUCACGAAAAUGGUAUGCCAUGGCGAGCACACGUUCCUCUACAGCCAGGCCAUGAUGAACGUGUUGGCCCAGGAGUCGAAGGGCGGCGCCGGCAUUAAACGCCUGUCCCAAGAGAUCUCGAAUUUCGCACAAAAACUCGGACACGACGCCACGCCUAUACUACUGGCCCUCAACGGCGCCUCCGCCCACCCCCGGGUCAGUCAGGCCCUG